UUUUGAAGUUCGAAUUUUUCUUCUGGCCACGAAGAACCAGAGCCGCUUCCCACUCCCAGCCCCCACAGGCCAACGGUUCUCUUCCCUACCGUCUCCCAUCGCCAGUAACACUGAAAACUCGAAUCGCAUACGCACGGACGCUGCCCGCACUUGCUUGCUCCGAUCCGGGGCCUCGUCGGAGCCGGAGAUGGCGGUCAUCAGGACGACGACGGCCAUGUUCCUCCGAGAGAUGUUCGCUCAGCCCCUGUCUCCGUUGCCAGCCAUCUGGAGGAUUCGACCUCCGUCGCCCCGCUUCGGCGCCACGCUACGGUGCGCGCAGCGCGGGAUCAGCUUCACCCGGAUACGCUGCGCCGCGUCGGGAGGCGCCGGAGAGAAGAAGGCCCCCUCUCGGCUCGCGCAGGUCCAGCAGCUCCUGCAGGAAGCCGAGGAGCGAGCUCUCUCUGCCGGGGACGAGCCCACCCCGAAAAUAACGCUCGACCAUGUCACCGUGAGUUUUGCAAGAAGUGGUGGUCCAGGAGGCCAAAAUGUGAACAAAGUGAAUACUAAGGUUGACAUGCGCUUCAAUGUGAAAAAUGCAUACUGGCUAAGUGGCAGGAUUAGGGAGAGGAUAAUGCAAAUGGAAAAGAAUCGGAUCAAUAAGGAUGGUGAAAUUGUGAUCUCUUCAACGAAAACUCGAACUCAGAAGGGGAACAUUGAUGAUGCUCUAGGAAAGCUACAGGCAAUUAUUGAUGCCGCUUCAUACGUCCCACCACCUCCUUCAGAAGAGCAGAAGAAGAAGAUUGCCAAGAUGGCUGCUAUUGGAGAGCAGAAACGCUUGAAGAGUAAGAAGGCGCUCUCAGAUAAAAAGGCAUUUCGCAGAAGUAGAGACGGCUGGGAUUGACACA